AUGUUUCUAGAUUAUAAGGUUUUUCCCCACCGAGUGGGUCACAUUGCCCCGCUUUUGCAGUAUGUAACGUCAUACAAUACCCUGAUAAUUUCUCUCAUAUAUUUAGACCCCCUUGUCGGAGUCUCCGGCUGCGUGCAGCAGUGUAACCUGGUCUUAAUUAAAAAUAUCUUAAAUCCGAUUGGUACCGUAGUAGGAGCCGGAACAAGAUUGCUACAUUACGUCUGA